AUGCCAUUGUCCUCGAUAAAAGAAGAUGAGGAGAUUAUCCAAGUGCUAGAGGAAAUUGAUGAGAAUUUUUCUGCAGUCAAAAACACACUGAGAGAGCUCAGAUUAAAGAUAGGUAGGGUGGGGGAAAGAAGCAGAGAGGUUGUUGAAGAUUGCCAACCGUGGGUUAGAUUCUUUGAAGUCCAGACAAAACAGGAGUUUUCACCCUUCUCGGAUCUGCAUUUGAACAGUUUGAAGUAUAAAGAAGUAGUGCAAAGCCCAGACAACCUGAGUUACUCGUCUCCCAAAAAUCCCUUUGUUGAGAUUGAGUCUUCAGAGCUGCUAAACAAAUCAUUGUUCAAAGAGCUAAAGCUUAACCUGGCUACGAGUUCAUCAGUGUCGUGCAUCAAUGCUGGUUCAAAUAUUGAAAAUCCAAAAAAUAUGCAGAAUAACGACUCUGAAGAUACCGACUACGACAUAAGGCCGUUUGAAAAGUCGCUAUUGCCUGAGAUAUUUCAGGAUGAGUCCGACUUGAUUGAGCUUUAUGAUUUUAUCAAGAAACACCGGUCGGUUUCACUCGAGCAUAUUGUUGAUAAUUUCAGGAGCAUCCCUCCCGAAAAAUUGGAAAUAUUAAUUUCGGUUCUUUGCAGAAAACGGUUUGUCAAACAUAAAAACUCAAAAAUAUCAAUUGAAAAAUAA